GCUUUCAUGUGAUUAACAAUCAGAGGAACUUGUGAAAGUGAUAACUAUAUAAAUGCAACUUACAAAGCUCUACUGAACUCAACUAAAGAAGAACAGUGCAAAGAUGGAACAAGGACCUGAACGAGAACCCAGACGGAUAAAGGAAGGCUAUCUAGUGAAGAAGGGGAGUAUGUUUAAUACCUGGAAGCCCAUGUGGGUAGUGCUGUCAGAAGAUGGAAUUGAAUUCUUUAAGAAGAAGACUGAUAACAAUCCUAAAGGAAUGAUUCCCCUCAAGGGCAGCACACUGACCAGUCCCUGCCAGGAUUUUGCUAAAAGAACAUUUGUCUUUAAACUCACAACAGCCAAACAGCAGGAUCACAUCUUCCAAGCUUCUCAUCUUGGGGAGAGAGAUGCUUGGGUGAAAGACAUCAAGAAGGCCAUCAAAUGCAUUUUGGGAGGACAAAGGUUUUCCAGGAAAUCAACGAAGAAAUCUAUCAGGCUUCCUGAAACCAUCAAUCUGGGAGCUUUAUAUCUCUCUAUGAAGGACCCUAACAAGGGGAUACGGGAAAUGAAGCUGGAAAAAGACAAGAAAAUUUUCAAUCACUGUUUUACAGGUGAUUCUGUGAUUGAUUGGUUACUGUCAAACAAUGCAUUACGAAAUCGCCAAGAGGGUAUAGUGCUGGCAUCUGCCCUAUUGAAUGAAGGCUACUUUCAGGCUGCUGGUGAUACAUCGAAGAAUGCACUUGAAGGCCUAUCAGAAACCCCCUUCUUGGAUAUGGAGGAUGCCUAUUACUAUUUUGCAGACAGUGGUUUCUUCUGUGAGGGCAACUCCAGUGAUGAUGACACAGUCUUCAAGGAAGAAUUCAGAGGCCUGGUGGUCAAACAGGGUUGUCUGCUGAAACAGGGUCACAGAAGGAAAAACUGGAAAGUGCGGAAAUUUGUUUUGAGAGAGGACCCUGCUUACAUGCAUUACUACGAUCCUGCGGCAGGAGAAGAUCCACUUGGAGCCAUUCACUUGAGGGGCUGUGUAGUGACAGCGAUUGAAGACACAUCAGAUGGCAAGAAAAAUGAAGUGGAGGGAAACCUCUUUGAGAUUAUUACCGCAAGUGAGGUGCACUAUGUCCUUCAAGCAGCUACUUCUGCAGAACGUACAGAAUGGAUCAAGGCCAUUCAGCUAGUCUCUAGAACUGGGAAAUGAAAGACUCUUGGUUUUAGCAAAAAAAGAAGAAGAAAAAUCCUCAAAAGUGAUUUACCAGCUCAGUAGCUCUCUGGAAAGGAACAUCAGCUGGUUUUAAAUUUAAACUGUUAUUUAACAAUAGAUUGUUUUAGAAUAGUGGCAGAAUAUUUAAUGUUGUGUAGAUCAGAUGUUUCUAUUUUCCUCUAUUCCAAAGAGGAAUGGUAAUCUAUAGAUCUUCAGAUGCAGCUGACGAACACCUAGCAACCAGCAAUAUGGCCAACAAUAAGGGAUGGUGAGGGAACCAGUUUACUAGCAUCUGAAAGAACCAAAAUCCCCCAAUUUUUUGUUUAAAAUGCAAUCGUACAUAUAAUUAUAAUUUGUUUUCUUUUAUGGGGCAACUCUGAAGCAGAUGAAUGAAUAGCUAUGAUAUCUGUGAUAAGAUUGCUACAUAUGGUGGUUGGGGAGAAAAAUGUUUUCCUUGUAAACUGUAUUUUCAAUAAAAUAUAUUUUUAAUAAAGUUUAACAAAAUAAAGCUAGCAUUAUUGUCUUUGCUAAAAACACAAACCUUCAGUUCUUUUAUUCAAUCUUGGCAAUUUUAAGAUGUUUGGACUUCAACAUGGUGGCUGGGAAAUUUUUGGAGUUGAAGUGUAUGUAUGCAUCUUAAAGUUGCCAAGGUUGAGAAACUCUGUUCUAUGUCAUAAAUACCUGAGAUCUUGUAAUUUAAACACAAAACUAUGUCAAAGAUAUUUUUCUGUUUGAUAAUAAUAGUAAAUAUCUUACUACCAUGUACAUCAUAUCCUUUGAUAUAAGUUCAACAAAAAUAAAUUUUCAAAUGUUUGCUAA